AUGAGGAGGAAGAAGGCACAACCGAGCCCAUUCAGAGUGCCAGAAAGCAACGGCGGUUUUCCACUCGGGGCCAUGGACAGAGAGAAACAGAGAGAGGAACAGCGUAAAUUUCUAGCGCUGCCAAUUCAGGAGAAGACGGCCUACGCUGCGAAAAUGAUGGCCAAGCUGAAGAAUGAGCUGCUGGGAGAGGUGGUGGCAGAGGAGGAGGAGGAGGAGGAGGUGUUAAACGAGAAGAAGAAGACACUCAAGCAAACAAAGAGCAAGAUGGGACUCCCCAAAGAAACAUCGGGCAGGCAUGAGUUAAAAAUGGCCAUGAUGAAAAGAGAAAACAUCACAAAACAGAGCAGACAUCACUUAAUGUCCAUGGAGCGACAGACGGCCGUCCUGGAGUUUUCUAUGAUGAGAAAGAGGUCUGAGAUGUCGAAGAUGGACAAGACGAUUGCAAAAGAGGAGAGACAGCUGAAGCAGCUUGAGAAGGUGAUUGAGAGAGACAACCACAGGUUUGAAGAGUUUCUCAGGGAGAACGAGAGAAAGUCCGUGGAAGCCAGGACACUCUUUGAACGAGAAGAAAAAUCUAAGAAGGAGAAGAAUGUUGAGAUUAGGAAGCUAAAUGCUCAGAUAGGGACGAUGAAGAGUGAAGUUACAAAGCUUGAAGAAACCCUGACGGACUUCAAGAGAUACGAGGAGUUUCUGUUCAAGCUGUCUCCUCCAGAGUGGCAGGAUGAGCAGAAGUCCAAGGCAGCGACAUCUAAAGGUCUCUCUGACAAAGAUGGACAGGACGACCAGAGCAAAGAGCCUGGUGAGACGGCUACGGACAACGGCAAGUACUUCACCUUUACUAUGUGCAUUUAUCCGCUGCGUGUAUUUUAUCCACUUUCACGCAUGUCUUUAAAGGAAGAGCCGGAGCUGUACUUCACUGAUCCCAAACAGCUGCUGAAUCUGAUGACAGAGCUGACGGAUCAGAACCUGUCUCUGAUCCAGAACUCUGCCAGGGUGGAGGAGGCCCUGGAGGCCGUGCAAAGGGCCACGGAGACGACCAAGAGGCAGAUUGAAAAAGAUGAAGCGCAGCUAUUAGAGCAGAUCAAUUACAUGAACCAGAAAAUCACCAAGGAAAAGGCCAGACAAGACAAGCUCCAACAGAAACUUCAGCUCCAUCUGUCCCUGAACACCGAAGACCAGGAUAUGAUGCUGCAGGCUCUUAGAGAGAAGGUCACAGAGGUGCACAGUAGCUGCGUGGAGGACGGGAUGACCAACCUCAGCACCCUGGAGAAGGUGGGCAACAUUGAGAGCUGCAUCUCUGCACUGCUGCAGGAUCUCAAGAGCAUCCCUGAGGGGAAACUGCAGCUGAUGGAGAGGAUCAAGGAGAGUGAGAAGAGGACCAGGCAGCAUGAAGAAAAGAUAAAAGAGCAGAAAGAAAAGCGCGAAGAAAGGAUGAGGAAGUACUCCGAGAGAGCUCUGGCUGACUCCAAAAAAAUAACUGGGAGAAAGCUCAUGCCCAGGUGCAGGCCUGUUGCUCCCAGAGCCAAGGUCAGCAAUGUGGACAACAUUCCUGCAGAAGAAGACAUGCAUGAAUACCUCUACGGCGAGGACACAGACUGA